AAAAUCAUGAAAGGCGACGUCGAAGGUGCCUUUCGUCACCUCAUGCUGGCAAGCCAGCACGUUCGAUGGAUGGCAGCUACCAUACCAGAACGGGGAGUCCUCAUCAUCGACAUGUCCGCUCCCUUCGGUUGGACAAGCUCUCCUGCAUUUUACGGCGCGUUCGGUGGUGCCAUUACGUGGUUAGUAAGCCGAGAGUGCCCAGCAUCCAUGGACCCGACAAUCAACGAAGAAAAGUUCUCGACGUGGGAAACUCAGCUUCAGGUGCUGGGGCUUGGGUUUGACACCAACGCCUGCACGAUCUCCAUGCCACGGGACAAAAUAGCGAAGGCCCUCGGGAAAGUCCAGUCGCUGCAAGUACAAACGCAGACUACCCGGAUCCAGUUACAGCAACUAUUGGGCAGCCUACGGCACGUGUGUUCGUGUCUUCGCGCCGCUAAACCGUUCUACCAACGCAUCCACACUGCAUGCGUCCGGGCCCCCCGGUACGGGAAAGUUCCAGUCGACGAGGCGAUCCGAGACGACUUACGAUGGUUUGCAAUGAUACUCAGCAAAGGCCAGCUCCGCGCAUUACCUCUUGCGAUGUAUACUUCAACCCAGCCAGUUGAUGUCCACAUCUACAUGGACGCGAGCAACAGCGGACUCGCUGUACUCAACCCAGCAACGAGGCAGUACAUCCAGGUUCAAUUUGAUGCGGAAGAACAGAGAUUGAUACAAAGAGCAAGUGGCUGCAGUGGCUUCAACAUCAACGUUCGAGAGCAACUUUGCGUCGCACUAGCUGCAUGGUCCUUCGGGCCUGCAUGGGCAACUCAGCACACUGUUUUAAUCAAGGCAUGGUCCGACAACACUUCUGCAGUAUCCUGGACAAACCGACUAGCAAGUAACAACCCGCUUGCGCAAGAUUUGAACCGCGCAAUCGGACUCGCUGAGGCUGUUUUCGGCUUUCGCAUUCUGUGCGGGCAUCUCCCUGGAUCCUCCAACACGAUGACAGAUGCCGGCUCGCGUGCCUGGACACCACCUUACGACAAGCUGUGGACUAACCUAUCGUCUGCAUGGCAACAGAUACCAGUGCCA